AAGAAGGGUUAUCUUUUAGAAAUAUCCAGAAAUAUUAAUUUUUUUCAUAUCGAUAACAUAAAAUGUGGGGUGAACGCACAACACAACUUAUUGAUAAAGCAGAAAUUACUGAAAGUUUCGAAAAAAUUUGUAGAUCUUGCUUGGCAAAAAAUGCAACAGUUAAUUUAUUUUGUUACGUUCAUGAAGGCAAUGCUUUAUGUGACAUCUACAAAACUUUGUCAUUGAUACAGUUAACUGAAAAGGAUGGAUUACCAAAUAAAUUGUGUGAAACUUGUGCGGACUUUGUGGUGGAGUUUUAUAACUUUAAACGGAGGACUCUAGAUUCCGAAAACUUAUUGAAGAGUAUGUUAAUAGAAAAAGAACCAGAGGAGGAAAAUAAAAAUUCUUUCAGAAAAGAGUCGGCACAAGUUAAUAUUGGUAUUGAGUAUGAAGGAAUAAACGAAAAUGGAUCCAUUGACGAAACUAACCAUUUUGAAGGUGAAGAUAGUUCUGAAGAUGAGGUGCCUAAAGCCGAAAAUGAUUGUCGUUCAAAGAAAAUGAAUAGCUUAAGUAGGCUAUCGAAAACGGAAAGAUCUGAAUUUACUUGCUCCUUUUGUAAUAGUACGUUUGGUACUUAUAUGGAUUAUAAAACUCAUAGAAAAAAAGAAGCCGAUCAUAGAAGAAAAAAAUAUCCAUGUUCCGUCUGUAAAAAGCUUAUUAGCACAUACAAAUUAAAAGAUCAUAUUAACUCUCAUACGAAAGAACGACCGUAUCAGUGUGACAUCUGCGGAGAAAAAUUCCGUUUUAGAUCGAGUCUAACAAGACACAAUUUUAGGCACAACGAUAAAAAGCCACACGAAUGUCACAUUUGUGGAAAAGGCUUUAUCCAAGCACCAACGUUAACAGAUCACAUUCGAACUCAUACUGGUGAAAAAUCUUUUAUGUGUAACAUCUGCGGGAAGUCUUUCGUUACGAAACACGCUCUAGGAAAUCACAUUAAUAUGCACAAAAUACGUGAUGGAAAUGCAGAGGCAGGAACGGAUUUCACUUGCCAGAUUUGCAAAAAAAUGUUUAGUUCCAAAAGUGUCCUAAAAAAUCAUAUGUUCAUACACAGUGAUAAAAAAUUCUUGUGUAGCGAGUGCGGUAAGAAGUUUUCUACGAAAGCUUUGUUAGACUGUCAUGUAAAGGUACAUUCCGGAAUUAAGCCGUAUAUUUGCGAAGUGUGCAAUAAAGCCUUCUCUCAGAAAAACAGUUUGCAAAAACAUAACUUAACACACACGGGGGAAAAGCCCGUGUUGUGUAUUAUUUGCGGGAAGCGGUUCUCUCAAAAAGGCCAUCUUACCUACCAUAUGAGGAGACAUAGUGGUGAACGGCCUUACACCUGUACGUUUUGUGAAAAAACUUUUAAUCAUACUGGUUCCUUAAAGGUUCAUAUUAGGAUACAUACGGGUGAAAAACCUUUUGUGUGCGAUGUGUGUUCAAAGGGUUUUUAUGAUUCUAGUAGCAUGAAGAAGCAUAGAAAAGUACAUGAUGAUGUGAAGAGUUGUUUAAAUCUUAAAGCAGAGAUGCAUUAGGUGUUGUAAUUAAAUAUUUUUACUUGUAAUUUUAUUUAUCCCCAAUUUAAAUGAAAAAUCAGCUGCAGUAAACAUAUUAAUGUUUUCUGGAAUUCACUCAUUUAAACAGUAAAACUGUACUUUUAUCUUGGUAUUCAGUCCUUGAUGUUACGGUUUCACAAAAUAUUAAACUUGUA